AUGGCAAGGAGAGAUCUUGAGAGUGGCGGUGGAGGAACCAAGAACAACAGAAUCGAAGAAAACUACUCUGCUCAUGAAUCUUCUCAUGUUUAUGAAGCUGAGAGCCAUUGGACAUCAUGGCUCGUUCCUAUGUUUGUGGUCGCUAAUAUUGCUGUUUUUGUUAUUACCAUGUACAUCAACAAUUGUCCCAAGAACAAUCUCGGCCUCCAAGGUGGCUGCGUGGCCAAGUUCCUUGGAAGGUUCUCCUUCCAACCUAUGCAGGAGAAUCCGUUGCUUGGCCCUUCUUCUUCAACGUUGGCUAAGAUGGGAGCCCUUCGGUGGGAUAAUGUUGUGAACGGGCAUCAAGGAUGGAGACUUAUCACUUGCAUUUGGUUACAUGCUGGGAUUAUUCAUUUGCUUGCUAACAUGUUGAGUCUGGUUUUCAUUGGCAUUCGUCUGGAACAACAAUUCGGGUUUGUAAAAAUUGGAAUUAUAUACCUGGUGUCUGGGUUUGGUGGAAGUGUAUUGUCAUCUCUGUUUAUCAUAGACCAUAUCUCAGUUGGUGCUUCUGGCGCCCUUUUUGGACUUCUUGGCGCAAUGCUGUCUGAACUUCUCACAAACUGGAGUAUAUAUUCCAACAAGGCAAUGGCAUUACUCACCCUGCUAGUGAUCAUUGUGAUCAACCUUGGCAUUGGCAUUUUGCCACACGUAGAUAACUUUGCUCACAUUGGAGGAUUCCUGGUGGGAUUUCUCCUUGGUUUUAUUUUGUUGCCUCGUCCUCAGUUUGGAUGGUUAGAGCAGCGUCGUCUUCCCGCCAAUGUGCGUUUGAAGUCAAAGUACAAGGCCUACCAAUAUGUUCUAUGGAUUGUGUCUCUAGUUCUGUUGAUUACAGGAUUAACAAUCGCAUUGGUGAUGCUAUUCCGGGGUGAGAAAGGGUAUGAUCACUGCCAUUGGUGUCGCUACCUUACAUGUGUUCCGACUUCUAAAUGGGAAUGCAGCAAUGGCAGCUAA